AUGGCGGAUAACGAAGGACAGGCCCCAGCUCCACCACAACCAGAGGGCGAACAAGAAUGCAUGUGCACCCAGGACAAGGUUCUUCAGUUUUUGAACAAAAUGGCUGAUGAGAGCGGAAUCAAGGAUUUGACUGAUCCGGCUCUUGCCGAGUUCUUGACCGACAGUGAUGCACUAAAAGGAAUUAGAGACUUAUUCCAUUAUCCAAAAGCCGGAACACUCCCAGAUGUUGAUACUACGCUUGUCGACCCCGAAGCUGAUAGUAUCUAUCUUUGUGGAAACUCCCUUGGCCUUAUGCCAAAAGUCACUGCUGAAGUAAUGAAGGAGCACCUCGACAAGUGGGCUAAGAUGGGAGUCUUUGGCCACAUGACUGGAGAAGUACCAUGGGCUCAUUCUGAUGAGCACUGUCUGGAAGGAGUCGGUCGCCUCGUUGGAGCUAAGAAGGAGGAAGUUUCCGUGUGCAACAGUCUCACUGUGAACAUCCAUGUUCUUUUGACUGCGUUCUAUAAACCAACUGAAACUCGUCAUAAGAUUCUUCUCGAGUCCAAAGCUUUCCCAUCUGAUCACUACGCCAUCGAAUCUCAGAUUCGUCUAAAGGGAAGAACUGUGGAGGAAAGCAUGUGUUGCCUAGAGCCAAGAGAGGGAGAAGAGACUCUUCGUACCGAGGAUAUAAUUGAUUACAUUGAGAAAAAUGGAGACGAAAUCGCCAUUGUAUUCUUCUCAGGAAUUCAAUACUAUACUGGACAGCUUUUUGAUAUCAAGGCUAUCACCGAAGCUGGACAUAGAAAGGGAUGCCUUGUCGGAUGGGAUUUGGCUCACGCUUUCGCCAACGUCCCACUUCAUCUCCAUUGGUGGGACGUCGACUUUGCCGCUUGGUGCUCUUACAAAUACGGAUGCACUGGAGCUGGAUCAAUUGCAGGACUCUUUGUUCAUGAACGCUUUUUGCAUGACAAAAGAGAAAGAAUGUUGGGAUGGUGGAGUCACAAAAUGUCAUCGAGAUUUGUUAUGGACAAUGUUCUCGAUUUGGACGAGGGAGCUUCUGGUUACAGAAUCAGUAACCCACCAAUUCAUUGUGUUGCUGCUAUGUUGGGAAGUUUAAAGAUAUUCGACCAAGUCUCCUUGGAAAACUUGCGCAGCCGUUCAUGCUACUUGACUGGAUACUUAGAGUACCUAGUGAAAACUUUGUUCGGAGAAGACUCGGACAAGAGAACCACUAAACUCUCCAUCUCCAUCAUUACUCCAGAAGACUUCCACCAACGUGGUUGCCAACUUUCUCUAAAAUUCUCAUCUCCAAUCGAUGUGAUCUACCCAGAACUAGUCAAACGUGGAGUUGCUGUUGACAAGAGAUAUCCAAAUGUGAUUCGCGUUGCACCAGUCCACCUCUACAACAACUACGUCGAUGUCCGUAGGUUCAUUUCAGUGCUUCAAGAAGUCGCUCACAUCGUUGAAGAUCAUGCCUAA